GAGAGAGAGAGGGGGUGAAAAAUAGGUGAACCUCUCUAGAGAGUAGAGAGGGGAAGAUUAAAUUUUUAGUGUUUUUCUUUUUUUUUUUUUUCUUUUUGACAAUUGGGAGUGCAUUGGGAUUUUAAUAUUAUAAUUGGUUUUUUUUGUCAUCUGAGUCUCUUUCUUGCCAAAAACAGUGAAAACUAAAGAAAGUAUAGGACUUUUCAGGUCACCUUCUUCAAUCAAAGAGGACCCUUUUUUUUUUUUGGCUUUUUUUUUUUUGAGCUUAUUAUUUUGCCCAUAUCUUCCUGUUCAUGGAUCCCAAGGGCUCAAACUCAAAAAACCAACAUGAAUUACCUAACUUCUUGACCCACCCUCCUCCUCAAACCCUACAACAACAGCAACAAAAUCAGAACCAAAGCCAACAACAACAGCAGGGAAGCAUGGGAGAGAACAAACCAGCAGAAAUUAAAGAUUUCCAGAUUGUAAUUGCAGAUAAAGAAGAGCAAAAAAAGCAGUUGGGACCGAAAAGAAGUUCGAACAAGGAUAGACACACAAAGGUAGAAGGAAGAGGGAGGAGGAUAAGGAUGCCAGCUCUUUGUGCAGCAAGAAUCUUUCAAUUGACCAGGGAAUUGGGCCAUAAAUCUGAUGGAGAGACAAUUCAGUGGCUAUUACAACAGGCAGAACCAUCUAUAAUUGCUGCGACUGGAACAGGAACAGUUCCUGCAUCAUUUUUGGCAGCUGCUGGUGGAUCAGUUUCACAGCCAGGGACCUCUCUAUCAGCUGGGUUGAACCAAAAGAUUGAUGAAUUAGGUGGGUCCAGUAGUAGUAGGACCAGUUGGGCGAUGGUAGGUGGCAAUUUAGGGAGACCCCAUCAUGUGGCAACAACAGGAUUAUGGCCCCCAGUAGGUGGGUUUGGGUUCCAGUCAUCAUCUACCACUGGUCCAGCAACAACAAAUUUGGGGAGUGAAAGUUCUACUAGUUAUUUGCAAAAAAUUGGGUUUCCUGGUUUUGACUUGCCUGGAAAUAAUAUGGGUCCUAUGAGUUUUACCUCAAUUUUAGCUGGGAGUAACCAACAGAUACCUGGGUUAGAGCUUGGUUUAUCACAGGACGGCCAUAUUGGGGUUUUGAACCCACAAGCUUUGAGUCAGAUUUAUCAGCAGAUGGGGCAGGCUAGAGUUCACCAGCAACAGCAGCAGCAGCAGCACCAACAGCAAAAUCCUGCCAAGGAUGAUUCUCAAGGGUCCGGACAGUGAUACUACUAGUUUAGAGGAAGCAUUCUUGAUGUUGAGAGAAAUUGAGUGAUUUUUGUAAUGGUUUUUGUUUGUAUAAUUGGUUAAAAAAUUGUGAGGGAGAGAAACAAAAGAGAGAGAGAGAGAGAGAGAGAGAGAGAUACAUAAGAGAAUUCAAUAGGGACUGGAUUUGGUCUUGCCUCUUACUCUCCCUUCCAUCACCGAAGUCUCCAUAUACAGGUGGAAUUGUUGGCAGCCAAAUAGUUUGGUUUUGGGCUUAACUUCUUAUCUAAUUCAGAGAGGUGUGGUUGAUUAUGGUGUAAGGCAUCUUUAAUUAUUUGUUCUUAUCUUGGUCUGGAUGAAAUGGUUAUCAGUUUGUUUGUGAGAUUAAAAUGGUCAUAUAGUUGUCCUCCAAUUUCCUUCUCGGAUCGAAAAAGCUUCUUAAUUAUCUGGUAGAUGUAUAUAUUCUGCAAAGAAGCUAUCUUGCUCUGGUAAAUGUUCUUUCUAGUCAUCAUCUUAUAUUCCUUCAAAAAUGUUUUGCCUUUUCUUUUCCUACGCA